AUACUAGCUAGCUUGAAUGAAGCAACGAUAUCUACUUGUUUCGUUCAGUUUGGCUGUCAUAGGACACUCAUGAAUUGCCAUGCCAAGUGUAUCUUGCAGUUUUCCCACAGCUGCAAACAUCAGUGAUCUAAUGCUGGGCACCCUGUCUCGUGAUGACUUGAGGGAUCUUUUCCCAGUCCCAGAAAACUUCAUACGAAGAAAAACUAUCUGGCUCACAAUCCAUCCUGAGGAAUCUGGCCGAGAGGACUCAAAACCAAAAGAUCCUACUGCAGAUAGUUCUACUUCUACUACAAAUGAGCAAUCCCUACCUCUGACAUCCACCCCUGUGAGAAGAGGUCCUGAGCGGAACACAACUCCUGAAAAGGUUGUGAAGCUAUCCUGCCCUGAGUAUGUUCUCUACACUGACACAGAGCUGGAGCAUGUCCGCAAGCAGUACUUUGAGUUGGCAAUAGAAGGCAAAGAGCAAGACUGCAAAAUGUCAAAAGAUCUGCGAUGCAGACUGAUCCGGAACACAAUGACAAGUAUGAUCUCAAUCCUGAGGGCAACAGGGGAUGGAGAAUCGGACAGAUACCCUUCAAAGCCAGAAAUUACCGCUAUGGCAAAGAGAAUAGUACAAUACUACCCCAUGCUGCAGGAUAGAGACAUAAACAAGAAGAAUACAUUGGAGCUUGACUCAAGUGAUUCUACUGUCAUCCUAGAUGCCUCCUCAGAGGGUAGUAGCGCUCCUGAGCCUUUCGACAGUAAUGAAAGAGAUAACAACCCUGCAGACACAGACAGUCUAGCAACCCAGGCCAAACACUACAGUACCUUACAGGCACUAUGGAAGAGACCAAAUCCAAACAAGGAGUCUGUGUCUCAGCUCCUGGAUCUGGAAUUUGGAGCCAGAAGGACUUUCAUAGAUUCUGAUGCCAUAAAAGAAGAGGACAGACAUGAAAAAAUACUGGAUGCGGAUAACUGCCAGUGCGUUAAUGAAGUAAAGGGAAGAUGGGCUGAAUUUUGCCAGAAGGUCCAGUUUUAUGGGGUAUGGAAGAAGAUUUUGAAACCACCAAUGGGAAUGGACAAAAUUGAACAGGCCGUUGGGAUACUGCGUGCACUGCCAUCACUGUUCCCCUCUACAUCUGCCCCUCCAAAGAGGCUAAGAGAUGCAAGUGAGGCUCUGGUACAUGUCCUUGAGGCAAAUGCUUUCCUGCAGAAACGUCCUCUCUCCUGUCCAGUGUUGAUUAUGAGUACUUCAAACUGCCUCCUGGCUGUUGGAGAUAGGCCAGUAACAACGUUCCCGAAAGAGAUGCUCCAUGAGGGUGCUUUAUACCUGAUGUGUAGGGACAUGGCAGAGCACGGCCAGUGCCUACAGAGGGUCAUGGAACAGCUUGAGACUGCUGGGCUGAAGCUGAAUGCAGAAAAGUGUGCACUGAGGCAGAGAGGGCUGCACUUCCUGGGCCAUGAAAUUGAUGCGGACUGA